GUCAGUAAUCAUACCUUAUUAGUGCCCCAUUCACUAGUAGUUACCUUGACCGACCGUUCUUCCCGCGCAAUGGCGCAGUCUCUUGUGUCCGUCUCUGGCCAGCCCGGCACCAGCGGCUACCACGUCAUCAGCCAUCCCAUCCCCGACUCCCUCGAGGAUGGCCAGGUCCUGGUCCGCUUUCUCGCCGCGCCCGUCAACCGCGUCGACCUGAUGGUCCUAGCAGGCCAAUACCCGAUCAAACCCAAAUACACGGCGCCCUUGGCAGACCAGCACUACCCCAUCCCCGGCUUUGACGGCUGCGCUGUAGUCGAAUCCUCCACCUCGCCGCUCUUCACGCCAGGCGACCUCGUCCUCCCUCGCGACCUGGGCCUCGGCACGUGGCGCACCCACGCCGUACUCUCCGCCACGGCCGUGCUCAAGCUGCCGGAGGGCAGAGUCGACCCGAUCGACGCCGCACUGAUCCGCUCGGGCGCCCUGAUCGCCCGCCUGCUGCUCGACGAGGCCGUGUCCCCUCCGCCGCGCGCGGGCGACUAUGUCAUCGCCUCGGCCGGUACGAGCUGUGUCGCGCAGUUCCUGGUGCAGCUCGCCCAGGCCCGGGGGGUGCGCGUCAUCCUUGUCGUGCGGGACCGCCCCGACGAAGAGCUCGCGGUUGUGAGGGAAAGGUUGUGCGCUCUUGGGGCCGAUAGGGUGGUUAGUGAGUCGGAGCUCGAGAGGGAACUCGCCUCGAAGACAAGGGUCCUCCUGCCACAGGAGCCUAUCGUGCUCGCGCUGGACAGCGUCUUUGGCACAGUCGGGCAGCUCCUGGCGGCCGCGCUUGCGCCGAAGGGCAAGUUUGUGCUUGUGGGCCUGCUUGCGGGUGCUAAGGCCAGCAUGUCGCUGACGACGGAGCACCUCUUUACGCGCCAGCUGAGCUUCCUGCCGUUUCGUGGCUCCGAGGUCCUCAAGCGGAUGGGCGAUCAGCGCGCUCAGGAGAUAAUCGAUGAGAUUACGGGCAUGUUUGUGGAGGGAACACUGAAACGGCCUGGCAUGAAGGUUGUUGACUGGGGCAAGGCGGGCAAGGGGGAGGUGGAGGAGGCAUUGGAGAGUGCGGUCCAUGCGGCUGAGGGAGACGAGGUUGGGCAUGUAAAGACGGUGUGGAAGCUCACUUGA